AUGAAUAGACCUUUGGGUAGCAUGGGAGGCCAGCAAAACAGCGGCAUGUCUCUCCAAGAACAACAGACUAUUAAAAUGAUGCAAGGCGCAAUGGAAUCAUGCGUUGCCAAGACUGCCAUGUCUGGUGUAGCAGGUUUUGGUAUGGGUGCAGCAUUUGGUCUUUUCAUGUCCUCAUUUGAGUAUGCUGGUCCAACAAUGAACGAAGAAAUGGUGAAACAGACAACAAAGCAGCAAAUCAAGCAUGCAUUCAAAGAUAUGGGCACCAGAUCAUUAUCCAUGGCAAAGAAUUUCGGCAUGGUGGGCAUGAUUUACUCUGGAUCUGAAUGUUGUAUUGAAUCAUAUCGUGCCAAAAACGACUUGACAAACAGUGUGGCAGCAGGUGCUUUCACAGGCGGUUUAUUGGCUGCGAAAGCAGGUCCUCAGGCUAUGGCACUGGGUGCUGGUGGUUUUGCUUUGUUUUCAUUAGCCAUUGAUUGGUAUAUGCGUCGUGAUUAA